AUGAACGCCAUCAACGGGGGUAGUUCCUACCACAACCCUUCUCAGAUGUCUCUUCUAGAUAUUUUCUUCCCCGGUCUCAGUAUGGUCUCUGCUUCCGCACAGCAGCUCUUUGCCGGUAACCUGGACAGCUACACUCGACUUCUUUGUACUGUGGGGAUGUUCGUCCUCUUCACCCGCUAUGCAGUCCGCUACGUCGGGGAGCUAGUGAGAAGCUACUUCACUUCGACAAUCCAUGUCUCAUAUUAUGACGAAGCGUACGACAUGCUAGUCGAUUGGAUAGCUCACCAACCGUUUGUCCGCAACGCUCACUCAAUAAUCGCUCGUGUUAGAUCUCCACAGCGAACAACCAUCCAAAACCAAGUAAAGAAAAAGCCUUUGACCUUUUCGCCUUGGGAUGGAUCUUUCCCUUUCUGGUAUAAGGGACACCUGCUCAUACUUCACUGUGCCGUCAAAGACCACCGAGAAGACAUCUACAUCUCCUCCAUUGGCCUUUAUCCAAACAUUCUCAAAGAGCUCGUUGAAGAAUGUCGAGGAAAUUAUCUUAAUAAUAUUGACAAAAAGAUCACUGUCUUUGAGCACCGCGAAGGGGACUGGAAGAAAACCAGGUUGAGACCAGUUCGGCCCGUCUCUACAGUCAUCAUGGACAAGCAAGACUUUCUGGAUGAGGAUACUCAAAAGUGGUACGCCGACCGCGGAAUUCCCUACCAGCGUGGGUACCUUUUAUAUGGACCUCCUGGAACCGGAAAAUCCAGCUUCAGUCUGUCCCUGGCCGGGGAAUUUGAACUGGAUAUUUAUACGCUUCAACUGUCAGGGAUUUCUGACAGCAAGCUGAUGAAGCUAUUUUCUGAGCUUCCGCCGCAUUGCAUCGUUCUCCUAGAGGACGUGGACGCCGCUGGGAUGGGGCGUAGGGACGACACCGAUACAGACCAAGAGAACAAGUCAACCUCUGCAGUCACCCUAUCCGGUCUUCUGAAUGUUCUUGAUGGUGUAUCGCCUCAAGAAGGUCGGGUGCUUGUUAUGACGACCAAUCAUAUCGAACAUCUGGAUGAAGCACUCAUUCGGCCUGGCCGCGCAGACAAGAAAGUGUAUUUCCAGCUUGCUGAUAAGAAGAUUUCCACUCAACUUUUUCACACGGUCUUCAAGCAGACAGCAGACCAUAAGGAAUCAAAGCAUGAAUUCGGUGAUGAGACGACUGAGAGACUUGCCAACGACUUUGCUUCCAAGGUGCCAGACCAAGUUUUCAGUCCAGCUGAAGUUUUGUCGUUCCUAUUGGAGCAGAAGAACUCGCCUUUUGGCGCUGUGACUAGUGUUGAAAAAUGGGUAGCGAAGACAAAGGCCGGGAGCCAACUGAAGAGAGAGGGCUCCUAG